AUGCUCUUGAGAAACAUCGAUCAAUCCGAAGGGUUAUGCAACGGUACAAGACUCAUUGUUACAAGACUGGCCGACCAUGUUAUAGAGGCAAGGAUUAUCUCCGGUAAAAAUAUCGGAACUUCAUUUUACAUUCCAAGAAUGGAUAUCUCUCCAACACAAUCACCCUGGCCUUUUAAAUUAACAAGAAGGCAAUUUCCAAUCAUUGUGUCCUACGCAAUGACGAUUAACAAGUCGCAAGGUCAGUCGUUAGACUAUGUUGGGUUGUAUCUGCCAAGGAAUGUCUUCAGCCACGGUCAAUUGUAUGUUGCAAUAUCAAGAGUGAAAAGCAAAAACGGUCUCAAGAUACUAAUCCACGACAAAGACAAUGAAGCGGCAGACACUACCACCAACGUGGUAUUCAAAGAAGUCUUUGAAAAUGUCUAA